AUGGGAAGAUCUCCUUGCUGUGAGAAAAUUGGUUUGAAGAAAGGAAGAUGGACUGCUGAGGAAGAUAAGAUCUUAACUGAUUAUAUACAGGAAAAUGGUGAGGGAUCGUGGAGAUCUUUGCCAAAGAAUGCAGGGUUGUUGAGAUGUGGGAAGAGCUGUAGAUUGAGAUGGAUAAACUACUUGAGGUCAGAUGUGAAGAGAGGUAACAUCACUCCACAGGAGGAAGAAAUCAUUGUCAAGCUGCAUGCUGUUCUUGGUAACAGGUGGUCGGUAAUAGCGGGGCAUUUACCGGGAAGAACAGAUAAUGAGAUAAAAAACUAUUGGAAUUCUCAUUUAAGGAGAAAAAUUUACUGUUUCAUGAAGUCAUUAAAUGAAUCACUUCCUCCCAUUGACCUAGCUGCUGUAAACCUAGCUGCUGCUUCCAAGAGAAGAGCAAGUAGAGGAGCUUUAACAACAACAACUCAACAUGCACCAAAGCAAGAUCAAACCACAAACAACAAGAAAGAUGAGGUGCUUCAAGUUCAACUGCCAACAACACAUAAAACAAAAGCAAAUGCUUAUAGGGCAGAAGAAGAGCUACAACAACAAGGUUACAAUACAAGUAACUCAUCAUUUCCUAACAUGAGUGAAUUAGUUGAUACUUUGGAACCAUAUGAAUGGUUGGAUGAUGAAAUUAUAAAACUAGGUUAUAUGUUUGAAAGUGGAGUACUUGUUAGUCCAGAUCAUAUGAAUAAUGAGAAUAAUAAUAAUAUUGUAACAAGUGAGGAUAAUAUUAUUCUAGAUCCUAAUUGUGGAGUACUAGUGGAAAAUCAUGAUGGUGGUUUUUGGAGUUCAUCAAAUGGUGCUGAAAGUGGAGAGUGGAAUAAUAGUAUUAAUAACAGUACUAGCUGUAAUUCUUCUGUAAAUUCUGUUUAUGAUUAUCAGUGGCCUGAUAUACAUUUAGAAGGUAGUAGUUUUCAACAAUGGGACCUAUGUGAACAAGAUCAAGAUGUUAAUUGCUUCUGGGAAACUCCUAAUUAUCAAGUAAAUGGAUUUUAUUAG